GCGAUACGACACCUUCCUGAAACCUUUUUUCCGCCUUUUAUCAAUGAAGUGACGUGCGACACACAUGGAAAAUGCCGGCAAAAACACAUGAAUUUUGUAGUCCUACGAAAUGUGGGUACAAAAGAUUGCCAAAUAUGGAAGAAGUUCAACCUGAAUGUUAGGGUAUCCUGCGAAUGUUUUGUUGAUGAGAUGUCGUUUUUCGCGAAAUACGUGUGA